AUGAGCGGCUUUGCUUCACAUAUUCCAUCUAUGGCGCUUCUCGGAUCCGGCUUCACCAGCGAGGUUGGGUUACGUGUAUUGCUUUCUCCACUUGGUUCCAAUGUCGUACUUCGUACAGCAUGUUGCUCGAUUGGGAUUGGGUUACCUGUUUACUCCACCUUCAAGGCAAUUGAGAGUAGAGAUCAGAAUGAACAACAGAAAUGGCUUAUUUACUGGGCAGCUUAUGGUUCUUUCAGCCUUGUUGAAGUGUUCACUGACAAGCUCAUUUCUUGGUUUCCAAUGUAUUAUCAUGUGAAGUUUGCGUUCCUCGUCUGGCUUCAACUCCCAACCAUCGAGGGAGCAAAACAAAUAUAUAGCAACCACCUUCGUCCUCUCCUCAUACGACACCAAGCUAAAGUGGAUCGACUCGUGGAUGGAGUAUAUACGGAAAUGGUCAAGGUGGUUAGGUCACACCAAGGAGAAAUCCGGUUUGUCCGAUCAAUGAUUGUCAAAAUUUUGGGAUCAGGCAAUGAGGUUGCACCACCAAGCCAACGACAAGGAGAAAUCGAACCCGGAUCAUUAACCGCGACAAACCGAGAUUCAGAAUCAUCGGAUUCUGAUCACGAAGACUAA